AUGAUAAAAGGUGAAGUAUACAACACUGGUGUUGAAUAUGAAGAUUCUUUAUUGGAGUCACUAAAGGAAGAAGAGGAGAAAUCUGAAACGCGCAAAUCACAUAAGUCAAACACUAGUAAUAACGUGAACGAAAAAAGCAUCUUGGUUCCCACAAUACGAAUACUAAGUGCAAGAUUUGUAAAGGAAAUAAGGAUCAACAUUCCUACCGCGAUUGCUCUUAUGCCUCUCAAAGGAUUAAGGACUGGUAAUGCGCAGCUAACUAAACAGAAGAAGAGUUUAAAAUGCGUUUCUAAUAAACCAAACGCUAGUGGUGUAAUGAAUGAAAUUUUGUUAUCAAGUGCAACAUCUAGGAUAAGACAAGCACUUGAAGAUCAAGAAACUAUUGGUACAGGUGCAGCACGUGCUGAUGCAAUCAUAGGUGAUUAUAUACUACUGAAAGGUGUACUAGAUCCUGGUUCCCAUAGUAGUUUUGUUAGUAAACGUUUGGCUUCAGAGUUGAACUGGGAAAUUUUGUCUGUCUCUAAAAAAGAAGCUAAAUCUAACUGUGGCUGA